AUGGCGUGGAGACAGUGUCACCUGUUCUUAAUGGCCCUGGUCUUUUCCAGCAUUCGUACUGAGGAGGUCUUCCAGCCCACGCUGGUGCUAGACAUGGCCAAGCUCCUGCUGGAUAAUUAUUGCUUCCCUGAAAACCUGGUGGGGAUGCAAGAAGCUAUUGAACAAGCCAUUAAAAAUGGUGAGAUCUUGGACAUCUCCGACCCCAAUCUUCUGGCCUCCGUCCUAACUGCUGGCGUGCAAGGUGCCCUGAACGACCCGCGGUUGGUGAUCUCUUACGAGCCUUGGACUCCAACUGCCCCUAAGCAAGAAACAGAUGCUUCUCCAACAUCAGAGCAGCUCCUGGAACUUAUCCAACACGUAGUGAAGUCUGAGGUACUGGAAGGCAAUGUGGGCUACCUGAGGAUCGACUACAUCAUUGGCCAAGAAACGAUACAGCGGAUAGGUGCGUUCCUCAUCGAAAAGGUAUGGAAGACCCUGAUGGAGACGUCAGCUUUGGUGCUAGAUUUACGUUACGCCACUGGCGGGAAGGUCUCGGGCAUCCCCUUCAUCAUUUCCUACUUACACCGGGACGACCAAGUGCUGCAUGUGGAUACUGUCUACAACCGGCUGUCCAACAGCACCACGGAAAUCUGGACUUUGCCCAAAGUGCUGGGCACGAGGUACGGAAAGGACAAAGAUGUGGUUGUGCUGAUAAGCCAAUACACCACCGGAGUGGCCGAAGCCGUGGCCUACGCCCUGAAGCACAUGCAUCGGGCCAUAAUAGUGGGAGAGAGGUCUGCCGGGGGCUCCUUGGACAUUCAGAAGCUGCGGAUCGGCGCCUCCCAGUUCUACAUGACCAUCCCCGUGUCCCGUUCUGUGAGUCCCUUAAGCGGCAGUGGGCAGACAUGGGAAGGCAGCGGGGUGGUGCCAAGCGUCGCGGCGUCAGCCGAACGAGCGCCAGAGGAAGCCUUGGCCAUUCUCGCGCUGCGCAAGGCGAUCCCCGACGCCAUUGACCAGCUGGCGAGCAUCCUGAGGAACAACUACGCCAUGGUUGAUCGG